CAGUCGUUAGCAGAUCACCUAGGCUCAAGUCUUAGGAGCAAAAAUGUGCAACAAAAUGUCAGUGUUGACUUUAACGUAUCUCGUUAUAUUUUUGGCAGUGGCUCAGUGUGACGUCAAUGAUAAUGUGUCACCAAGUGUUAUGGAUUUCCUAAGCAAAGAUAUGAACGUCGGCCGCACGUUCGGUCACAAUGCUCUCAAACGGCUGUCAUUUAUAUUCCUGCCUGUUAUGUUUACCCUGGGCGUCAUAUCAACGCUUUUAAUGGCUCUAGCUGUGAUUUCUGUGAAGAAUCUCGCUAUUGGAGUAAUGUUACUCAUUGUUGCUGUUAGUCAGGCGGUGUCGCGUCUGUUCUUCGCGGCUUCAGCGCCCUCACCACUAGUACAUCUACACCCUCGAGCUGAACUUUUACCUGCUCCUGUAACCGGACCCUGGCCAGCUCCUGGCCCUCUCCUGUCUCCGUGGGCUAGAUCUGACAAUGACGCUACCAUUUCUGAUUAGAAAAUAAGUCAUUGUUUAUAGCUAUAUGUUUUAAUAAUGUAAGAUCAAGAAGCCAUUUAAUCGAUCCGAUUUGCUACCUCACCGGUAACAGUAGAACUACGAAUUGAUGCAUUUAUAACUUAAUUUAUAAUAUUUAAAAUAAGUCUCAUUAUUUUUUAUUAUAACGUAUCUACUCGUAAUGACGACUGAAUACUUUCACAGGAAGAUGUAUUAUUUAAGUUAAUUUGUAAAUGUUGUUUACAUUUAUUACUUUUAACGAAAUAUUUUGCUUUAGGAAUAUAAAAUUACUUGAAAGGAAUGGAAUUCGUUAGGUUCCUUUCAUAAAAAAUUCUUCGUCUGUUUUUCGCAAACUUCCAAAAUUAUUGUGAACAAUAGACGACGAAUGCUAUGUUCAUAAGACUAUUUAUUAUUAAAUAUAUACUGAAUACGAUUCAAUUUAAC